AUGUUGGCAGUAGUCCCCAAUCUAGAAGACAACCCCCAAGGAGAAGAAGAAGAAAAAGAUAAUACAAAUGGGUUCGAUAGUCAUUUCAAACAACAAUCUAAUGUAAUAGAUCACAGCUAUAGUAGUAAUCUUGAGAAAGCUAGAAUAAAUGGGGAUCUUUUAAAAAAGAGAAAUUCAUCAUCAUCAUCACCAUCUUUGGUUGAUCAAUUUACAUUUGAUAAACUUCAAAUUGUUAGAGAACUAUUGCCACUUAAAAUUGAAAGAUUUGAGGAAAUCAGUUGUUUGACAGAAUUACCAAAAUAUGGUUGGGUUGUUCCUACAAGAUCAACAUUACCAAUUCCUACUUUUAGUAUCAAUGUUGAAGAUGAAAACAUUCGACAGUGGUUUGGAAUGCAUUAUCCACUCAUGGAAUCGUCUAUUAAAAUAGAGUAUAGAUCAAACAAGUUUUUCCACCAAAUGGUAGUUGGACCACUCAUUUUGACUAGUUUUGCCGAUGUGUUUGUUGUUCCUCAGCAAUCUGUGCUGUCUCCUUUGGCUGUCAUUGAUAUUGUAUGUUGUCUUGAUUUAAAGCUUGAAAGUAUCAAACAAUAUUAUCCACAAUCAUUUAUCAAUUGUUUGAUGUCCAACUUUAAUUCAAAGUCACCUGUUCUCGGUGUACUGACCAAUGGUACCGAUGAAUGGAUGAUUUGUUGGUGUUCAAAAUCCAAACCACAUCGUUUGGGUUAUUGUGAUUUGACAAGUGAAAGAAAUGUAAAGAAAGCCAUUCAAUAUGUUGUAGGUGCAUAUAUAUUAUCAACCAGACAACAACAGUCUGCAUUUUCAUACAACAUUCCACAAAUUUAA